CCCACUCAAGCCUCACGAGAUUCGCCGAGCACUGUCACAACUUCUGGGAUAAAUAGAAGUAAGCAUUUCUUCACAGGCACUUAAUCGUCCAAGCUGUCUGGUUCACACUUGACCCAUCCACUCCGGAUCCUGAUUUUAUUUCGCGACUCAUGAAUGAGGAAUACUACUCUCAAUACUCUCAUUUAGAUGGGAUCGAGGAUGACAAUACCAAGCUCCUUGGUAGUGGUAUAACAAUCAGUCUUCCACCGAAAUCACGCUUCCUUCACCUGUGGCCUUGGCUAAGCCAUGGUGUACUGAUGUCCAUAACUCUGUGGUUCUUCAUACAAUGGGCACGGUCACCUUCGAUGGAUGACGUAGUUAUAUAUUCUCCAGCAAACGAGGCAAUUGAAUCCAUCGGCAUCAUAAAAUUCAACGGAUCUUUCAACUUUCCUUCCAUAUAUAGUGGCCCUCCAUCCCCAGAGCUCGACGCCAUUUGGGAUAGGGUAUCUCUUGAUGUGCGCCCACUCCGUAUGACACAUGAGCAACUGCUCAGAACGGGGGAGAAACCUUCUCCUGCCAUGGCUAGGUAUCCGGACGAAUACGGUGGAGGUUACGUAGCAACUGUAGAAGUCAUUCACCAGCUCCAUUGCCUAGACAUACUUCGCAAAGUCAGCUGGGGUAACGAGUACCAUGAGAAUGGGGGCAUGCAUAAAUCCCACGAACUCUCUCGUCGCCAUGUCGACCACUGCAUUGAGAUACUCAGGCAGUUCACUAUGUGUAGUGGUGAUGUUACCAUGAUAACUCAUGAUUGGAUCGAGGGAAGGACAACUCCGUUCGGUGAUUUCAAUGUUCCUCACAAAUGUAGAAACUUUGAGAAGAUCUUAGAUUGGAUCGACGAGCAUCGUGUUUUUAUCCCUCCAUCCAGUUGGGUCCGCUUGGAGGAUAACGUGGACCUGCCCUAUCCCCCUUGAUCGCAUUCUUGUUGUAUCCUCUCCAUAUGAUGGUGGA